AUGAGUUCAUAUAUGGAACCAAACUUAUGUUUUAUUUUAUGUGAAACACCAAUUGUUUAUCUACAAGAUAACAUUUGUCGAUGUUCAGGUGUUGGUCUUACGGAUCAUAAUCGAGUAACAGAUGAUUUUUGUACAAUAAAAUGCAGAAAAGCAGGUAAUCGUAAAGUUCAAACAAUGAAUACAUGUGGAGGAAGAGAAACAUAUUCAGUUUAUGCUGAAGAAAAAUAUUACAUUCAAUAUGCUCAUUUAUUUAAUUUUCGAAUUCAAUUUAAAUCAUGUCAAUUAUGGAAUACUUCUGGUUUUUAUGAUACAUUACAAGUGAAAAUUAAUGAAUUAUAUGUUGAAACCCAAUUGACGAAAUUAGAACGUUGUGCAGCUACAUGUCUCAAUCAAAAUGCUACAACAAAAUCUAUAGCUUUCAACGAUGAUAAUAAUCAAUGUUUAUGUAUAAUAUCACAUGAAUUCAAUCUAAAUUCUGAUAAUAUUCAUCAUUUAACAAUUUUAUCCAAAGAUAAUUGUGAUCGUUAUUGUGAUAACAUAUUAAUAAAUUCAAAUAUUCAAGAAAAAUUUUCAUGUGGUUCUUUAAAUGAUUCACAUAUAUGGUCUAUUUAUAAUUUAAAUUCUAUAUGUCCAAUUGGUUCAAUUUAUAUAGAAGAAUUAGAAAAAUGUAUAUCAAUAAAUAAAGGAAUAUUUAAUUCUUGUCCAUUACCUUCAAUGAAUUAUAUUUAUAAUGGAAAACCAACAUGGAAUAUUUUUUUAAAAGCUAUUAGAAAAUUAAACUUAACAAAAACUAUUCUUUCCAUAGAUUUCAAUGAUAAUUUUACUAUUGAUUCUUCAUGGUUAUGUUCAACAAAUAAUAAUAAUACUAUUAAUUCAAAUGAUUCUAACAAUAAUUCUAGUACAUCAUACAUAUUAGAUAAUAAUUGUUUACGUAUUCGUUCUAAUUCACAUUUAUUAUCGACUCAUUUAUGUAUGACUAAUUCUUUCGCUGAUGAAUCCUUAUCAUAUAAUAUUAAAGGUUAUUCCAGUUCUCCAUUAUAUACUCAAAAGAAAAUCGAUAUAUGUCCACCCUCAUGGUUCGAUAUAAACACAGAUUGUUAUCAAAUAUCAAAUAGACGUAAAACAAUUCAAGAAGCAAGAAAUAGCUGUAGUGAUUUUCUAAAAUCAAUCAUUUAUGAUGUAUCGAUCAAAGGAAUGUUUGAAAAAAUAGCUGCUGCAAUGGAUAUAAGUGAUGAUGAAGUUGUACAGUACACAUCAAAAUGGCAAGUUCCUCUUGGCUUUUUUCUUCUUCAUACAAAUGCAUCAAAUGCUGAAUCAGAAAUCUCAUAUACAAACGAAUUUCAAAAAUUAGUUUCUGAUAUUGAUUUCAAUCUAUCAUCUAUAAAUGAAUUUCAAAUGAUUAAUUCAAAUUAUGAUAAUAAUUCAUGCUUAGUUUUUAAACGUUCAAUUACCGAUGAAAAACAAACAUAUUUUACUUUAAAAACAAAUCAAAUUAAUAAUUGUUCGAAACCACAACAUGUUUUAUGUAAAAUGAAGUACAGUUUUGAUUUAAACGCUCAAGAAAUUUGUUAUCGAAAGCCAUUAACACUUGGUUUUCCUGUUAUAAUAUCUAACUAUUUAACAAUUGAAUUAUGUUUAUCUGUUUGUAGCAUAUUACAAAAACAAUUGGCUGUUAUUAAUAUGAAUAAAUGUUAUUGUAUCGAUCAAACUAAUAAGAAUUUUAUUUAUGACAUUACCAUUGAUGGAAAUUAUCGAACUAAAAAUUGUGGAAAUCCUUGUCCAGGUAUGUUUGAUAGAUGA